AAUAGGGUUGAGUGUCCUAAGGUUAAAGGGCAAUUUUUUUUUUCUAUAACUAGGGAUUUUUUUGUUUAUUUCGCCCCCCAAAAAAAAAAUUAUUGAAAUUCCUUUGACAAUAUUAUUUUGUAUAAUACAAUAUUGUAUUAUUUUCGGUUUAAUGACCCGGCAUAAAUAGGGGUAAUUAAAUAUCGAAUUAUGAAAUAUUUGCAAGACAUAAUUUUAGUUUUUUUUUUUGGUUGGUUACAAACCAGCACAUCGCAAAUUUAAGUUGGCAGCAGUGAACACCGUCAACGUCAAGUGUCAACACUGUCAACUGCUUUGUUUACUAAAAACAGGAAGCGGUGCACUGCAAAUUUGCAAGAUAUUUUUGUCUUUAAAAAAAGGGCUGCAAAUAAAAAAAACAACUAAAUUUUAAAUUGAAGAGUUUUAGUUUCUGUACACUACAGGGUCUCAGACAAAAGUUAAAUCUUUAACAAGGCGGCAACUGGUUGACUUCAUUCAAAGUGGCCCCUCGCGCGAUAUUAAGAUGAGAUAUGACUCUUUACGUCAGCAAGUGAAAAUGGCAAUUGGAUGCGAGUCAUUAUCAGCAGAGGAUGUAGACACGAUAGAUAAUUUUAUCAAAGUCUAUAAAGUAAAAUGGGAAAAUGCGCACCGAUAUAUGUCCAGAUUUGAGAAACAGAAUGAAAACUGGCUAACAGGAAGCAUCAAUUUUUCUUCCAAGGCAGAAAUAUCGACAGCAGCGACACCUAGUACUAGUGGAAGAAAAAACGUUGACUUUGCAGCCUCAAGUGACCGCUCAAAAAGAAGAAAGACCGAAACUUUACGAAGCACCUUUACGGCACAAGAGUUGAGUUUUGCUGCUCAAAUGCAACAUCGAGCAAAAGGAGAAUUGGAUGUCUCAAACGUCAUUAAAGAAGUGGUUUUUUCAACACCGGCUCGUGCUAAAAAAUAUAAGAAAGCCUAUUAUUCUAAAGAAAAACCUAUUCCGCUUUCUUCUGGCGAGGCAUUGUCACUUGUGGUUGAAGCAAAAUUAACUAAGUUUCAGUAUAAUACAAUUAGAGACUCGUCAAAAGAGCAUAAUGCUAAUAUCUACCCAAAUUAUGAAGCAGUAACCCAAGCAAAAAAGCGGUGUUAUCCUUCGGAUUUAAUUAUUACUGAAAGUUUGGCUGAAGUUCCGUUGCAGAAUUUGCUUGACCACACAAUCACUCGUUUGAGUGAAUCCCUAAAAGAAGUGUUGAAAGCAUGCAACCAUUUAGAUAAUCUUUGUUUCAUUUCAAAAUGGGGUUGUGAUGGAAGCUCAGGUCUAAGUGAAUACAAGCAAAGAUUUACCAAUCCUACGGUAUCCGAUGCAAGUAUUUUUCUUCCAUCGUUGGUGCCCAUUCAGCUAAUAUCAGGAGAUCCAGACAGUGAUGAUAAAGUAGUUAUCUGGCAAAAUCCACGAACUUCCUCAACUAGGUAUUGUAGGCCUAUAAGAAUGAAAUUUGUCAAAGAGACUACUAAACUUACCAAGCAAGAAGUUUCCCAUAUUGAAAAUCAAAUUGCUUCACUAGCUGCAAGUAAAAUCGAAGUAAAUGAAAAUGAAGUUUGUGUCAAACAUAAAACGCUUUUUACAAUGAUUGACGGCAAAAUCUCUAAUGCAGUAAGUGAAAAUUCUUCCACGCAAAUAUGUUAUUUAUGUGGUUUAUCCUCUAAGGAUUUUAAUAACAUUGAUCUGGCUUCAACUAAAGAUAUUGACAAAUCUAAAUUCCGUUUCGGAUUGUCGUCACUUCAUGCCUGGAUAAGGUUUUUUGAAAGUCUUCUUCACCUGGCCUACAAACUACCAAUUCGUCAAUGGCAAGCACGCGGAGAAGACAAUAAGCAAAAAGUUGCCGAACAGAAGAAAAAAAUUCAGGAGGCUUUUCGAUUGGAAAUGGGUUUGUUGGUAGAUAAACCAAAACCAGGUUUCGGGAGCAGCAAUGAUGGGAACAUUGCUCGUCGUUUUUUUUGAAAACCAAGAGAUUUCCUCCAAAAUAACAGGAGUAGACAUUGAUAUAAUAAAAAGAUAUAAAGUUAUACUAACAACCAUUUCCUCUGGAUUUUCAAUAGACGUUAAUCUUUUCAAACAUUUCUGUCUUGAAACAGCUAGAAAAUAUGUAGCACUCUAUUCAUGGUAGAAUAUGCCAACAACAGUACAUAAAAUGUUAUUGCAUAGUUCUGACAUUAUUUCAUCAGCGAUUUUACCUAUAGGCCAACACGGAGAAGAGGCAUAGGAAAGCAGAAAUAAAGACAUUAAAAGAUAUAGGGAAGACGUUAGUGUUUUCUAUAAUUUACUAAUUUCAUCUGAUCCGUACAUUAGCAGGUUUAGAAAAAACGAAACAAAGAAACUCACGACUUUUCCCCAGGAGGUAAUUAUAUUUUUUAAAGAGCCCCACUUGCCGAUUAAGGAAGUAGAAGAAGAAAGAAAGGAAGAAAAAACAGAUUCAGCAAGUGACAGUGACUGAAAACAUCUUGUCGGACUUGCAUUGUCUUAUUUAUUUAAUGUAACACGACGUUUCACACACAGUUUACACUUGAUAACGGUUGAAGAUACUUACCAACCGAAACGUCGUGUUACAUUAAAUAAAUAAGACAAUGCAAGUCCGACAAGAUGUUUUCACUGUACCAUUGUCUACCACCUUCAAAAAAACUGACAGUGACUGAAUGUAUUCUUGAGUGUAUUUUUGAGACUUUUAUUGUAUUAUAAGUAUGUAUAUAUUGUUUUUGUAUUAAACCCUGUAUAUUAAAAAAAAAAGGUGAA